AAAGACACCUACAACUUUAAUAAAUCUAGCUUUAUAAUAGGUGUUAUAUCUACUAGUGCUGUUGUCACAGGCUCUGAGUGUUAAGGGAGACUAAAGACAGUGCAGCAGGGCAACUAAGAGUGGACUAGCAUUAUCUAAGGCAUCUGCGUAAAGGGCUAGUCUAUCCCACCCUUUAUUAUCCUCUCUAAGUUAAGUAGUUAAAGCACUUUAAUAAGCACACAAAGGCGCGCACUGUUAGUAGCUACUAACUGCUUGUUCUAGACGGCCAUAAGAGCCAUAACUUAGUUAAAUUCUACUAGUACUGUGAGGAGCACAAGAUUAUCACUCUGUGUAUGCCCCUACACUCAUCCUAUCUGCUACAGCCGCUUAACGUGGGUUGUUUCUCCCUAUUAAAGAAGGCCUAUGGCCGCCAAGCCGAGCAGCUGAUGCAGAGCAAGAUCACUCGCAUCACCAAACUUGAGUUCUUGCUGUGCUUUAAAGCUGCUUUUGAUGCUUCAAUUACCAAGAGCAACAUCUAGGGAGGAUUCAGAGGCGCUGGCCUAGUCCUAUUUAACCUAGAGGCUGUGAUAUUGAAGCUUAAAGUACAGCUACACACA